UUUGUGCCGGAAGCGACCGUCCCGCGGUCGUUUCGGUUGCCUGCGGGCAGGUGGGAGAUGCGCCGGCCGCCUGAGGCGCGGGCGCCGAGCGAGGUUCGGGGCUUCGAGGGCCGCUCGGGGCUGGGGCCGAGCGGCUGACGCGCAGUGCGGUCAUGGGCCCGACCAAGCACUGGGGAGAAUGGUUCCUGAACCUGCGGGUGCUGCCCGCCGGGGUCUUCGGGGUGGCCUUCCUCGCCCGGGUGGCCCUGGUUUUCUACGGGGUCUUCCAGGACCGGACGCUGCUUGUGCGCUACACGGACGUGGACUACCAGGUGUUCACGGAUGCCGCGCGCUUCAUCACGCAAGGGCGCUCCCCGUACCUGCGGGCCACCUACCGCUACACGCCGCUGCUGGGCUGGCUGCUCACGCCCAACGUCUGCCUGUGUGAGCUCUUCGGGAAGUUUCUGUUCAUCAGCUGCGACCUCCUCACUGCCUUCCUCCUCUACCGCUUGCUGCUGCUCCAGGGGCUGGGCCGGCGCCGGGCCUGCGGCUACUGCGUCUUCUGGCUUCUCAACCCGCUCCCCAUGGCGGUGUCCAGCCGGGGCAACGCGGACUCGCUGGUGGCGGCGCUGGUGGUGGCGACGCUGUACCUGCUCGCGAGGAGGCAGGUGGCGUGCGCCGCGGUGGCCUACGGCCUCGCCGUGCACAUGAAGAUGUACCCGGUGACCUACAUCCUUCCCAUCGCCCUGCAUCUGCUCCCGGAGCGCGGCGGCGACCCGGGCCCCCGCCAGCCCCGCUGCUCCUUCCAGGCCCGUCUGUCCGAAUUCCUUAGGAGGCUGUGCAGUCGGUCCGUGCUGCUCUUCGUGGCUGUGGCCGGGCUCACGUUUUCCGCCCUGAGCUUCGGCUUUUACAGUAAAUACGGCUGGGAGUUUUUGGAGCACACCUACCUGUAUCACCUGACGAGGCGGGACAUCCGGCACAACUUUUCGCCGUACUUCUAUAUGCUGUACUUGACCGCGGAGAGCCCGUGGAGCCCCUCCCUGGGCAUCGCCGCCUUCUUGCCACAGUUAGUGCUGCUCUCGGCCGUGUCCUUCGCCUACUACAGAGACCUCGUCUUCUGCUGUUUCCUGCACACGGCCAUUUUUGUGACUUUUAACAAAGUCUGCACCUCCCAGUAUUUUCUCUGGUACCUCUGCCUGCUGCCCCCCGUGGUGCCGCUGGCAAUUAUGUAGAGAUCCAGGCCUGUGCCACAUCUUAUAACAGACGAGUAAGACCAGGUCCACGCUUUUGAAGAGUUCAGAGGAAAGGCAGAAACGCACCCUGAUUAAUGCUAUGCGAGACCCCGUUAAGUUCCAGAGCAGUCCUGUGGUUUGUGACGCGGACAAGUAGAGGGUAUCCCUACUCCUGUUUUACGGGUAAGAACACUGAGGCUCAGAAACGGUGACUUUCCAAGGCCAAACAGCUUGUUAGUGGCAAGACUAGAUCUCAUCUAAUCCUACUAUUUUCUGUCCUAUUUUAUUUGGCAAGUCCUUUUUAAUUCCACAUGAUGACAGGUGACAACAGUGAAAAACUUCGUUUCUUUGCCCAAUGUUGUUCGUUUAGCAAACAGCCUAGCACGAGGUCCCGCAUAUCUCCAUGUGCCGAGCACUGUUCUAGGUGUGGCUGCCGCUGGAAGGGAGGCACUCACUCCGUGGGGCUUAU